CUUCCUGCAAAGCUGGCCAGAAGCUCAAGAUCUGUGUGGGCUAAUUCUUUCUCAUCCUGAGCACAGCCUGCAUGUCCUUUUCUAUCACCAGAUCGGAAAGCUCAUCUCCUUCAGAGAACAGAAAUGUGCACCAACAGCACUGAUUCUCUCCAUCAGUAACUGAUAUACCCAGACCUUCCACAGCCAGACAGAACAGAUAUAACGCUUUUAGGCUGGCUCCAGAAGACUCAGACUGUGUUUGACAACCACCCUUUUGGAUAAAUAUUUUGGGAUUCAGGAUGAAUAAGACAAGAGCUGUUAAUGACGUUUUUCAUUUCCUGAUCAGCAAGAACUGGAGCUCAAGCCGAAGCUUUCCUAUGAACAUUUCUAAUCAGUGCAUGAACAUCACCGACCUUACUGUCUUUCUGGCCACCUCUUACAGCUUGGAGACUGUUCUGGGCAUUGUGGGAAAUAUCUGUCUGAUUGCUGUCAUUGCCAGGCAGAAGGAAAAGGCCAAUGUCACCAAUAUCCUAAUUUCCAACUUAAUAAUUUCAGAUUUGUUUAUGUGUCUUGUCUGUCUGCCUUUCACCGUUGUUUACACCAUGAUGGACUACUGGAUAUUUGGAGAAGUCAUGUGCAAAAUGACUUCUUUCACUCAGUGCACAACUGUGACAGUGUCAAUUCUUUCCCUAGUCCUUAUUGCUCUGGAAAGACACCAGCUCAUCAUAAACCCGACUGGCUGGAGGCCAAAUACCUCCCAAGCCUACCUAGGAAUUGGAGUGAUUUGGACUUUAGCAUGUCUCAUGUCCCUACCCUUUUUGACCACAUCCAUCCUGUCCAAUGAGUUGUAUGAGCAGCUCUCACACUUCAUGAAUUUUUCCACUGAUAAGGCAAUAUGUAUCAACUCGUGGCCUUCUGAGCAGCACAAACUUAUCUACACUACCACUUUACUGCUCCUGCAAUAUUGCAUCCCUCUGUUCUUCAUUAUCCUUUGCUACCUGCGUAUCUACUUACGCCUGCAGAAGAGGAAGGACAUGUUUGAGAAGAGUGAGUACAGCAACCGAGCUGUCCAGCUGAGAAGGAUAAACAUGUUGUUAGCAUCAAUGGUUGCUGCUUUUGCUGUUUGCUGGCUACCACUGCAUGUUUUCAACACCAUCGUGGACUGGAAUUACAAAAUCAUUUCCCCUUGCCACCACAACCUGAUCUUUUCGUUGUGCCACCUGGUAGCUAUGGCUUCCACCUGUGUCAACCCUGUUAUCUAUGGUUUCCUAAACAGCAACUUCAAAAAAGAAGUGAAGUCAUUGAUUCUGAGCUGCCAGCAUAAUUCAGCCACUGCCUCAAUGGAAGAAUAUGAUCAUUUGCCUUUAUCCACCAUGCAGACUGAAAUUUCCAAGGGGUCCCUGGUGUUGAACUGCAGGCACAAUUCUAUCUAAUGAGCAGAAAACAUUUCAGAAGGGUACACUGACACCACACACCAAUUAUUACCUGUGGGUGUAUAAACCAACUGGUGAUGCCAGAGCUGGGGUAUCAACAGGACCCCAUGAAUACCUGAUUUUUGGAAGAACAAGUGAAGUAAUGUUGUAAAUGUUCACAGCUGCUGCUGUGGUGCACAAGCUUUUUGUGUCAGUGAGGUGGUACAGACACAGAGGACACUGGGCUGAUGUAUAAGCAGCUGCUCUAAGAUCAGUAACUCAGCUGUGGCUGCGCAGAGGCUGACAUGGGGUUCAUCAGUGAAACUCCUAUCUUUACCAUGGCUGCAGUAGAAAACCAGAUUGUCAGUUUCAGCACUGCGGGCUGCCAAAAGUUAUGUUGGAGAAGACUCUCAGUUUUUCAGUAUUAGUAAGAUUUUUUUAAUGCACAGCUGACACACCAGUGGAACAGAGAUACAUAAAUAUAAUUUUUUUUUUGCUUUACCACCUCUCACAGCCCAUUAAGUAACAGUAAUCUUUCAAAUCUUCACAUGAAACAACUGCCUGUUUCUAUGAAACUUCUCUCUCUGCCAUAGGCUUGAGUAUAGUCGUUGCCUCUGCAAGUAGAGACAAGAAACAAAGAUCCUGGUAUGUAAAGAAGAUAGACACUUAUGAGGGUUGGCAGCAAACAAAAAUGUUACUUGAUGGAUUAAACUCAAAAUACAUUGAGAUGAUACUGAGAACUAUUUUUAAGCAAUGAGAAACAGCUGCAGAUCUACAUGGAAAUGAUUCAGUUCUCAUUGCUGUCCUCACAAAGCUCUGCAAUGCUGACACUUCAUGCCAUGAUGGCACAAGACGACCAGAUUACAGGACUUGGUAGCAACAUGACAUUCUGCUUCAGCAUCUUCUUGGUACUUUAAUUGCAAAGUGUCUUAUUCAGAAAGUCAGAAUGACCGUGAAAAUAUGUUUGUGGAAUUCGUGUGUUUCCAGAGUGGAUACACUUCCAAAGAAAUAAGCAUAUGAAUGAAGAAUUUCAGUUUUCUUAAAAAAUAAAACCCAAUGUCAGAUAUCAGUCCUGCUCACUGGCAUCAGCAACACAGGUGAAGCUGAAAUUCCAACAAGUCAAUAGAAGGUCAAUGAAAAUACACAGGUGGAAUCCAGGUCAGGCUGAAGCCAAGCCACAUGUAAAUAGGGAAUACUGUCAAUUGCUCUAGUAAAAUGAAGGUCAUAUUUUUUCACAACUGUGUUAUUUGUAGCCUUUGUUCAGGAAACCUACAAACUAUAAAUUCAUUUUAACCUCUGGAGACAGAGAAAUUGCUCAGUGAUUACUGAGAAAUCAAGGCAUGCCCAAGAAGGCCAUACUGAGGGACAGAUUUAAAAAACAAAACAAAACAAAACAGGUAGCAAGUGAGAAAAGGAGACCAACCGGUUCAAUGAUAAUGAAAUGUUGAAGCAUAUUCUGUCCUGAUUUGCUAAACUAACCUUAGCAGAAGACUGGACUAGGUGGUCAGCUGAGGUAAUUUCCAACAUGAAUUGCUCUAUGAUAAUCAAUGGUUACUUGUUGCAGUCAGUAGGUUUGCAUGGAGUUGAAGAUGUCCAGUGUAAGUUAUGCAAACAACUAGAAAUUCCUUAGCUGGCAGAUCUCUGAUUAGACAAAUUGGUAUAAAGAUAGGUGAGGAAAAGACUUCCCAUGCUGUGAACUGACAGGAAUAUGGAUGCUGGGCAGAAUAUCUAAGGACAAGAGAUAAACCCUAUGUUAUAAGGCAGCAAGAGCUAUCAGUAAGUAUGGGAUCAUGUCCUCAGCUGGGAGAAAUAGAAGUUAACACCUUGCCAUGAGCUGGGUGCACAGAUUUCAGUGGUAAAACUUGAAGUUUGGCCUUGAAUUCUUGUGGGCAGAAUCUUACAACAGAAGCUUUUUUUGAUGCAGCCACCCCUGUAAUUCUGGCCAGAACCUGUAUAUCUUAGUAAGAGACUUUGUGUGUGAUUACCUUUUGUAUCUUCCUCAACUAUGUGGCAAGACAUUUUUGCUUUUUUAAAAUAGA